UUGUUUUCGACGCUUUAAUUAUUUUACAUUAAAUUAAAGGUAAGUCACUUGGUUUUAGUUUUUGUUAUUUUUAUCAGUGAUUAGAAUCACACUAUUUGGGUACUAUGUGAUAAUAUCGACAGAAUGAUCCAAGAAAAAAAACGCCAAUCAAAGCGGAUCAAGUGCCAAGGGGAUGCAAUCGAAUGACGAAAAGAAUAAUCCAACUGAACGUGCUGUUGUUGCUGCGAACGGGGAACAACAAUUUGCUGAUAUUUUCAAACUUAACAUCGACUGUUUCGAAGUGAUGUUCGACUAUUUAUCACUAGAAGAUCUGGACGCAAUGGGACAAACAUGUAAACGAAUGCAACGAAUUACGGGACAUUGUUUUCAACAAAACUAUGGAGCCGCACAAGUAAAAUUCAAUGACGAUGGUUUUUAUCUUAACCAUGUCAAAAUAGAUUGUUUCAACAAUUUCUUACAAAACGUCAAAAUUGCAAAUGAUUUCACCGAUUAUAUAAAUAGCACAGGUGACGAUGGAGCCAACAUUGCUUCAAAGUUGAUGGAUUUCGUAACUAAAUUGAAACAUUCAACAUCAAUUAAAGUUAUUGAUAUUUUUGAUGUUGAAAUUGAUGAAGAAAACGAUGCAAUAGUGGCUCGUUUUUACGAAAUGAACGAAAUUGUUAGAAAAGCUGAAAAUGUGACCAUUCGCAUUUCUUAUGAAAAUGUGAUUGAUGCUUUGCUUGCACAAUGUUCAAAUAUAAAAUAUUUAUAUCUCAAGAAUUUUUCUAUUCGAAAUGAAUGUAAAUGGAUGCAUCAAAUUUAUCCAAUGUUGGAACAUAUUGAAUUGAGAUGUAAAAACGAUAUUUUGGAAGGAACAGCACUAAAAACAUUCCUUGAGCAGAAAAUAGAGUAUUGUGUAAAAGUCUGAACGUCAAAUAUGAUACAUUGGCAAUCAAUUAUGAUUACGUCGAUGAAGAACUAUUAUUUUGUCGUUUGCUCAAUGAGCUCCAUGAGUCUGGAUAUUACAAAACGUUGCAUUUUAAUGUCAAACCCAUGUAUUCGCAAGAACAUAUCGAUCGUCUGGAUGAAGUAAAAGGACUGACGAAACUUGAGAUCCAUUCAUUGAAUCAUAUAGCUGUUGGUGCUUUUAGAAACUUAAAGGAAGAAAUAUACGCUUACGAAAGUGGUUUUAUUGCUGAUCUGAAAUCACUUCCACAUGUUCUAUCGAAACUGAAACGCAUUAAUUUUGAAUAUGCUAGUUCUGAUGACAUUUUACCAUUUAUUCGUCAUGCAGAGAAAGUGAACAAAAUUGAACGCUCUAGAAUAAAAACAACGUACUGAAUGGUUGUUGUAUUACAACAACAAAUCUAUGUUAAGAAAACGCUGUGUUUCGCUUUGAUAUAACAACCAUUCUGUACGUUGUUUUUAUUCUAGAGCGUUCAAUUAAAGUUCAAUGGCUUUCGAGUGGACCACAUUACGAUGCAGAUGGCAAUAUACUUGAUUUAUUGGCAUUGAACAAAGAGCGUGUGAAAAUAUUCGGAGCACGCAAGAUCACGAUUUACGUCAACGAAGAAGUGCAUUUGGCAACGAAAUGGGCAAUGAAAGAGACGGACUUCAGUUUGAUCGAAAUGAAACGAGAAACAUCAUACCGCUGGAAUUUCUAAAUUUGAAUUAUUUUUUCUUACAUUUUUUUACUCAAAUUAAAAAAUUUAUUUAGCCAAUUUUUCUUUAAAUAA